AGGGGUGCUAAACUCGUGGAGGACAAAUCGAGGAUUUCCAGCCCCUCGUCCGCGUCUCUCAACCUCUCCGAUCUAGACGAUGACCCACCAGCCAUCGGCAGAUCGCGCCUUGCCACAGCUUGCACCGACAACUCGCAUUCACGAAGUGCCAUCUCACCAAGACUGGGUUCGCCAGACUACUUCCAAACACCCAACUUCACCGCAGUCACAGCUGGCAGCCGUUCAAAAUCCCAUAUUCCCGAACCGACCACGGAUCUAACGAAAUAUCGCCUGAAUUACCCCAGUCUGCUGGCCACGGUUCGUCGGUUGGUGAGUGGAAAAGCGGCACCCAAUGCCACCCAAACACUGGGACCGUUCGCCGAAGAAAUUUUGCGGCAGCGCGUUGACACAAGCCCACCAAACACAUGGUCCAUGUUCGAUGUCGUGGACAAUGCCAUCACGCAGAUAAGACGUCAGUGGAAGUGUCGUUAUUACGCCCUUCUAGAUGCUGUCGAUCUCCUCUACAAGGACUACCAGUUGCUGUACCGAGUGAGUGAAACUCAACGCCGUGUAUUGACAUCACCGAUGGUGGAUCGUCUCCUAGCGAGCUACAGCGACAACGCAGUGAUGGGAAAUGACGAAAUCACACAGACUGGCACGUUGUCGAGUUUGGAUCCUGUUACUCACUUGGCUAGUCGAAUAGCUCAACACGCGCCGUGUAUCGAAGGUACCAAGUUCUGGCCCCAUCGGUAUUGUGCGUCAGUAGCCUUCGUUAUCGACGUGAUAGCUCAGUGUCGCUUAGCCAACGCCGAAUUGAACAAAAUCACAGCCUUUAACGAGCGCGUGCUGCAUCAAGUGCAGCAAGCUGUAGAUCAGAAGAAUCAGCUGACUCAGCGCAUUGUGGAACAACAGAGUACACUAUCGCAGCUUUCAGCGUCGAUGGCGGAGAUGCGUAGGCAGAUAGCCAGCUUGGAAAACGGCACCCCGCAACCACAUCCCAGGCUCAGAGGGAGGAUUCUCACGACGCUGGAGCGACAGCGCUCGCGGUCCUCGGAGUGGGUUCCAGUAAGGCCUAGCAGACACACAGAGGAACUUCGACGGUCGCUUGCAGCGAAGCGGAGAAAAUUGGCAGCUCUGGAAUUGGCUCUGCAGGAGGAAGAAAAGAAACGCCGGCAAAUGCACAACCGACUACAGGAGAUAACGGGGAACGUUCGCGUCCACUGUCGUUUGCGACCCCACAGUCCAUCGUGUCAGGGAAAGAGCCACCUUAAAGUCUCAUCUGGUAACAAAGUACUCGUGUACCCAGAAACAAUGUGGAGGUCAUUUGUCAGUUAUAGGGCAGCAGUGCCGAAGCCUAACUCAAACCCCGAUGGCUGCAAAUGCUUCAUAUUCGACAGGGUCUUUGGUCCAGACGCGAAACAGCAGACAGUGUAUAACGAGUUGGAUGAUCUUAUCGUCUCUUGUGUGGAUGGAUUCAACGUCUGCAUUAUGGCCUACGGACAGACGGGAAGUGGCAAAACGCACACGAUGGUUGGUACCCGUGCUGAUCCCGGAGUGAACCGUCGGGCUAUUCAACGGCUACUGCAAUUAUGCAAAGCGCGGCAGCACUGGAACUACCAGCUUUCGUUGAGCAUGCUCGAAGUGUACCAGGAGGAGGUGUUUGACUUGUUGGCAGACGUCCCAGGGCGAUUUGAGAGCGGGGACGGUUUGGGCAGUGCUCUCAAGUCCACCUUGACGUACCACACUCGUCGACUUAGCCCCGCGGCAUUCAUGCCGUCGUCCACAAACAAGAGUUUCGCCCAGCCCCGACCGUCUCUUGAACGAAGACGGUCCAUGGUGAGGCUACUCUCCACACGCGACGACGGACUGGUGCUGCAGAAUCUGACCGAAAGAGCCGUCGACAACGAGGCGGAGGCGAUGCAACUUAUGGAACUGGCGGAGAGGAGACGCAGCACCGGCGCGACGCGGCUAAACAGCCGAAGCUCACGCUCGCACAUGCUGCUCCUCCUUCGAGUUGUGGGCCAACACGCCUUUCACAAGACCCGGCGUAAUGGCACCCUCAUUCUAGCUGACCUCGCAGGCAGCGAGAACGUCAACAAGUCGGGUUCUGUCGGCAAAAGCUUCCAGGAGGCGACAUGUAUCAACAAGUCACUCUCCUCUCUCUCCCGGGUCUUUGAUUCGCUUAGGAAACACGAGAAACCCACCUACAGGGAGUCCAAACUGACCUACCUGCUCAAACCAACGCUGGGUGGCGACGCCAAGUGUCUUGUGCUCAUCAACAUCCGUAGUGAGCCGGAAAACCUCGAGGAGACGUUGAAAGCGAUGAGUUUUGGUCAGGGCGCCCUGCAAGUGGCCCCCUGGAAGUCAGGCAACGCUGGAACCCACCAGGGAGCACUUGCAGCCAAGCGAAAACACCCUCGAUACCUUACUGGGUGA